AUGUCUCAGAAGCCCUCCCCACGUCACUCCGACUCGUCAAGCACGUAUACCCAACCGAUGGAUGAGACGGCCGGAGGGGUGAUUCCUGCAGGUUUGACUGACGACCGCCAAUACCCGAACCGAUGGUCGAAGAUCAGGGAUUAUAUCCGGGAACCCGCUGCAGAAUUCCUUGGUACUAUGAUCCUUAUUAUCUUCGGUUGCGGUAGUAAUUGCCAAGUCGUCCUGUCAUCGAACAAAGCGGUUUCCGCCACCCCCAGUGGAGACUACCUAUCUUCCAACUUCGGUUGGGCUGUUGGCCUUUGUCUGGGCGUUUUGGUUUCUGGCGGCGGUCAUAUUAACCCAGCGGUAACCCUCGCCUUCGCCUCCUUCCGCGGCUUCCCGUGGAAAAAAGUACCUUAUUACCUCAUUGCCCAACUGCUUGGUGCCCUUUGUGGUGGUGGAAUUAUUUACGCCAACUACUAUCAUGCUAUUGAUGCUUACGAGGGAGGGUCAAAUAUUCGCACCAUCUCGGGGACGGGCGACCUUUUCGGAACCUACGCGGCCGACUACAUGAGCUCGGUAUCCUGCUUUUUCGCAGAGUUUUUGGGAGCUGCUAUGCUUUUAAUCUCUAUUUUUGCUGCCACGGACAAGAGGAACGGCCCUACCCCUGUCUGGCUCGUCCCAGCCACGGUCUUCAUGGCCGCUCUUGGUAUCGGUGUCGCGCUCAGCAUGGAGACUGGUGCCGCCGUCAACCCGGCGCGUGAUUUGGGUCCUCGGAUCUUGACUGCUAUGGUCGGUUACGGAAAAGAUGUGUUCACAUUCAGGAACCAAUACUGGCUGUGGUGUCCCAUUCUCGGCCCCAUUCUUGGGAUGCAGGCUGGAGGGUUGGCUUACGAACUUGUAUACUCCACCGGCUCGGACAGUUUCGUCAAUAAGUUGAUCGCGGCACCACGGAAACACACCAACGCUCUCCCAGAUCACAGUAGAACGCCAACUGGUGCAACCGCAGUUUGA